AUGGAGAAAUCCUAUUUGACCCAACCACCACUAUGCGGCAGUGGCAUCUGGAUAGCAGAAGACCAUCCCAAAAACCGCGCAGCCCGAAUCCCCGGAGAAGAACAAUCUAACCAAGUCGCAGAAUUAUCAGCAAUCCUCAUAGCCCUACAAAACACUGACCCAUACGUACCAAUCACCUUCGUAACAGAUUCUAAAUACGCCAUAGAUGGCCUAACCAAACACCUAACGAGAUGGGAAGACGCUGGGUGGAUAGGUAUAGCAAACACAUACCAUUUACGAAGACGCUCGGCACAAACCUCCUUCAUAUGGGUGAAGGGACACAGCGGCCAGAUUGGAAAUGAACGGGCAGACCAACUCGCGAGAGAGGGAGCUGACAAACAGACCACCGACCCCAUAGACCUAUCGGUCCCCAAUGAGUUUAAUCUACAAGGAGCGAAAUUAUCAGCCAUCACACAAGCCCUAGCGCACAAAACGGCAAUAAACCUCGAAAUAACCAGACACGCCAUCAAAGAAAUCGGCAACUAUUGGCUACAUAUCCCCACAUAUGAACAACGUGCCAGAUGUACACACUGCAACAUCGACACGGAGUCAAUGGAGCACAUACUUUUAGAAUGUAACAAUAACGCACGUACAACAAUAUGGUCCCUAGCGAAGGAGAUGUGGCCCGAAAGCUUCGGCGCUUGGCCCCAUAUUGGCAUCGGCACAAUCCUUGGAUGCGGAAACAUUAGCGCACGACCACCAACACCGAACGACGAUGAGCAAACAAACCCAGAAAGUAGACCCUUCACGAAAGGGGCCUUGAGGCUGCUGAGAAUACUAAUAUCAGAGUCAGCAUACCUAAUCUGGAUACUGCGAUGCGACAGAACAAUAAAUGGUGCCUCACCUACGGCGCAAGCGAUAACGAAACGCUGGACAACAACAAUAAACAAACGACUGCAAAUAGAUAGAAUCACAGCGAAGAAAAUAGACCGUACACCAUCCUUUGAAAAAUUGGUGACCGCCACGUGGAAAAAAGUAAUAACAUCCGACAAACCAAUACCAAAGAACUGGGCCACCGCCCUCGAGGUUUUAGUGGGUAUCAAACCACCCAGGCCCUCUGCGAACGAGGCCCCCAGGUAGUCCAAGAGUCCCACACACCCCAUGAAAAUGGGAGUGCGUAAGUGCAUUUUCCCUCGGACCGGAGUUCCCCGAACCC